GACAACCGACCGAUUUACGGAACUGGGAUAGCAAACGUAACCGAAGACAUAGCGAAGCGACGGCAACGGAAAAUGAGUGUCCUCGCAUCGAGGCGUCGAAGAGAGGUUCUAUUUUGACAGUGAGAAUCGCGAAUAGUGUGCGAAAUGUCCAGCACGCCAUUUAAGCCUUAAUCUAAACCGAAAAAAGCGCAUCCGACAUCGGGACCGUGUAAGAUCAGAAAUACCGCUCCUCGGUUUCGGUGCUCGGGUUUCUGCUGCAUGUGUCACUACGUGUGAAGUGGUGUGAGACUGUGAGACGUGAACCUACACCAGCACUCGCCUAUACACAAAUUCGACGUCGCACUUCACGUGCACGACGAUUCACAAUUUCACACCACCCUGAGGCCCCAAUGCGCUCAAUGCGUAGCUGAAGAAUACUGAAUCUGAAGUGCGUCGCACCGAUGUGCCUGGUCGCUUCAUAUUUUUUGGUGGUGUUCCUUUAAUUAAUUCGUGCGUGUGUGAUGCCCGGGAGUCGCGCCAGUACCGACCCAGAGCACAAGUCACCGCGGGAAAGUGGUGAAGAUUCCGAGGAUGAGAGCGAGAUCCUGGAGGAGAGCCCAUGCGGGCGGUGGCUCAAACGCCGGGAAGAGGUCUAUGUAGGUACAAAGUAUUCCCUAGGAGAAGGCGCAAACUUUGCAGUAUCAAAAGUUGGUGAAAACGAAGUCUCUGAAAUGAAGGUCGAGCAGCGGGACGUUCCGGGCAUAGAUUGCGCCUACUUGGCGAUGGAUACCGAGGAAGGCGUGGAAGUUGUCUGGAACGAGGUGCAAUUUUCUGAGCGAAAAAACUUCAAAGCUCAAGAGGAAAAGAUACAACUGGUGUUCGAAAAUUUAACGCAGUUAGAGCACCCGAACAUCGUAAAGUUUCAUAGGUAUUGGACUGACACCCACAAUGAUAAACCUCGGGUAAUAUUUAUUACGGAGUAUAUGUCUUCUGGAUCUUUGAAGCAGUUCCUAAAACGAACAAAACGUAAUGUUAAAAAGUUACCCCUGCAAGCGUGGAAAAGAUGGUGCACGCAAAUUCUCUCUGCACUGAGUUACUUGCAUUCCUGUUCUCCCCCUAUAAUUCAUGGAAAUUUAACCUGUGACACUAUUUUCAUUCAACACAAUGGACUGGUGAAAAUUGGUUCAGUGGCACCUGAUGCGAUUCAUCAGCAUGUCAAAACCUGUAGGGAAAAUAUGAAGAAUAUACAUUUCGUAGCGCCCGAAUACGGAAGUUCGUUAACACCUGCCAUAGAUAUUUAUUCUUUUGGAAUGUGUGCCCUGGAAAUGGCAGCGUUGGAAAUUCAAGGGAAUGGUGAGACUGGCACGGUCGUUACGGACGAAAACAUUAGGAAAACGAUAGAAUCAUUAGAUGAUGCUCAACAAAAAGACUUUAUUAGCAAAUGUCUUCAAUCGGACCCACUCUGUAGACCGAGUGCAAGGGAACUAUUGUUUCAUCCUGUCCUCUUCGAAGUCCAUUCGCUCAAAUUACUUUCGGCACAUGCCUUGGUCAAUUCGGCCACCAAUAUUUCAGAGACUAUAACCGACGAAGUUCUGCAGAGGUUAUAUGGACCUGAUACGAUAGUCGCCGAAAUACGAUAUAAAAAUCGGCCUCCUCAGGAAAUUCGAUUUAGCGAUAUACCGGCUGCAGAGAAAUUAGAAAAAUUUGUGGAAGAUGUGAAAUAUGGAAUUUAUCCUCUGACUGCAUUUGUCGCGAAACUUCCGCCUCCCGCUAGGCCGAGGGCGAUAUCGCCUGAAGUUACGGAAUCUGUGAAAUCGGUCACACCAGAACCGUAUGAUGAAGAGUCUCGUAGAGUAGUCAAUAUGAUGUGUAAUGUGAAGCCUAAGGAAGACAGUAACGAAUUAAAUAUGACUAUAUUACUACGAAUGGAUGAUAAAAUGAAUAGGCAAUUAACAUGCCCUGUAAACCAAGCAGAUACUCCAAUGCUCCUCGCUCAGGAACUUGUACAUUUUGGGUUUAUUAAUGAGAGUGAUCGUGACAAGAUAGCAAAUUUGAUAGAAGAAGCAUUGCGAUGUUGCUUCAAUAAACAAAUGAUGUCGCCAGGAAUGGUGUCAUUGACCAAUCUUCCUUCCCAAACGACUUUACUGUUGCCGGGUCCAGAUUAUCCACGCUUAAAAGACACAGAAAAAUCGGCAGGUAAUGCAGUGACAUCCAGUAGUGAUAGUGUAACUAGCAUCCCGCCAAAAAUCUCAGGACUUUCAGAUUCUAGUAAUAAAAGAAAAAAUUACCAAGAUGAACCAGAACCGUCGACCAUCACCGAAUGUGGCAGUUAACCAUCGAUGACGCUUGGUACUUCAGUUCUCUGUGCCACUUUGCACGCCCUUUGUAUAGACUGGCUAUGUAUUUUUAUAUUUAAGUAAAUUUAAAGAUAGCGAGCAAGCGAGCGUGCAUGAGAGCGAGAGAUACAUGUCGACUGAAAGAAAGUAAAGGUGGGGGGUGCUGUGGCUUUAUUAUUAUAUUAAGCAUGUUCACAUGUGUGUGUUUGCUAAGCAAAUAUAGUAUGAAUGUUUUCUUCUUUUCAUUUUUCUAAAUCGUCUAAGCAAACCUUGAACUUCCAGUGUGAAUGGAGAAAUCGAAGGGCUUGAAAAACUGACAGUGAAACUAAUGUUUCCACGAUUUCGAUUUAAGACCAUUUUUGGUACUCCUUUGCCAAGAAAAGAAAGAGAAAACUAUCAAAUUAAACUCCCCUUGAAAUAUCACUUUGAGCGACAUUAAUUUUUUCAUUGCUCUUUUCUUUUACCGAAGUUUUCAUGGAGCUCUUUUGGAACUGGUAGCUUUGAAAAUCGUCGUGAAACUCGAUUUCGAGCCCUUUGAUCAAUUUUUUAGGCUUUCUCUUAGGCUUUGAUGAAUAUUUUGCAGGUGGAAAGUGACUGCGAGUUUAAUUUAAUUUAAACUUUCCAGUUCGCGCUAACCAGCGCAGUAUUUGUUAAAGCCUAAAACUUGUCAAUUCUAUCGACACCAACCGAUGCUCACGUUUACUCAUUACGAAAGCAGUCGUGUUUUGGAAUCUCGCACAAACAGAAAUGUUGCAUGUCAACAGUCAUUUGAAUUUUACAGUGGAAAAACUUUAGGCGAAACGUUGGUUUCAAUCCAAGACUUCUGUAAACGCAUUAUUUAUGCAAUGUCGACUCCACUGACCAAAGUUGUUGAAUCAAACCGCAUUAUUGAGAUGAUUGUAUGUAUAUAAACAUCGUGAAACUGGACUAAGUGAUCUGAGUGUCUACAAAUCAUCGAAGAAAAGGAACGAUGAAACUGUCGUUCGUGUUCGGCUGACUAAUUUGACUAAAAUCAAUAUGCAGUAGCUUGUAUUUAUUUAAUUAUUUCAUUUAUUGCAAAUGAAAACUACUAUUUAAUAUCACGAGGAAAAAUUCAAGUCGCAGGAGAAAGGGAAAGAUUUGAGAAAAGGCCAAUUUUACGACAAAUAAUUUCGAUUUUAUUUUACAUAUAUAAAUUGACGAGAACUAUAUUAAAUCACCUUCCUAUUAUACAGUCAAGGAUUCUAGAUGCAGUCUCGAAAACAGAAUCGGCAGCAUUUCGACUCGUUCGGGUGAUUUAUGAACCGAUCUGCGUUUGUUUUGAUUCUAGGAUUCCAAUCCUCAGAUUCCGAUCAUCAUCCAUUUGGUAUAAUUUUAAUAAUUAUGAAGAAUGCCGAAAAUAUAAUUAAGGACCGAAAUAGAAAAUUACAAAAAAAUACCGAUAUUGUUUAUGAACGAAAUUUAAAUAUUCCGAAAGUGAAUUACAAAUUCCCGAAAAAAUGAUAAAAUCUCGUGGAAUUGCACAAGUAUUUUACAUUUUAUGUAGCUUGUAAGUAACCCAGCAUGUCACUUUUAAAUUUUAAGAGGUUUUCAGUGUCCUAUCACGUAUAUAAAAUAAAUUAAUCAAAUAGAUAACAAAUUUUCAACAUUAUUUUGUGUAUUUUUCCGGGAAUUAAAAAUUUCGGUAAUUUUAAAGAUGGGGAUUUUGAAAAUUCGAGCAUUAAGAUUUAAACAAUAUAAUAGAAUUACUGAAAUCUGAUAAUUUGGAAGUUUUCUAUUUUCACAAUUAUAUUUUCAGUAUAUUUGAACAUUUGGGAUUUUGCGUUUUCGGUAAAAUGAUGCCAUCCUUCACCAUCACGACCUAGUAUCAUUGUAAAGAUCGCUGUGAUGUUGAUAGACAAUGUGGUCGUUGUGUAAUAAUUGCUGGAUUAAACAAAAAAAUGUUUACGUGGUAGCUUCGAAUAUCGGUUUUUGAUUCUUUUACGGGAUCAAAACAAUCAGGAAACUCUUGCAGUUGGACGAAUUUUGCAGUGUGCUGCAAAUCUUGAAUACUGCUUUAAUACCUGCGUAUUUUCGAUGUGAUUACAACACAAUUAUUAAGCCUCGAUGAAAAUUAGCUGAAAUCCUUGUAAAUAAUUUAUAUUUUUAAGAGAAUCUGUUGACACAGAAAACUAGUCAUAUAGCUAUAUUCGAGUGCUAAUGAACUAACACAGACCUUGUUACUUCUUUUGCAUUUGUAACACGUGCUUGGCCAAGAAGCUCUGCUCCAGUUUCAUACCUCGGUAAAAAUCACCUUCUGUGGCGCAUUUUACUAACCAUAUUAGAGGUAAUUAUUACCAACACCAUAAACUUCGAUCAUAAAUAUGUAAGUAGGUUAUGACUUGAAAUUCAAUGUAUGACUUUACAAUAAAUGAAAUUAUAAUGAAGCAAGCAAAAAAUAGUUCGACUGAAUCGUGGAUAUUAUGAAGGGCUGUACAAUAACAGUGAUAAAUAAAUAAUGUGACUCGAAUCAUA